AGACACUCAGUCGACGGGUCAUUCGAAUCCGCACUCGCGAAAAUCUCCCGGAAAAUGAAACGUACGGAAUCGCAUUCGCUUAUUCCAAAUAUCGGUUAAAAAUCGCGAAGUUAGUUUUCAAUUCGCAAAGAUGUUAGAAGGAACAGUCGCAAGGUUACUCAACCAACUCCUCGGCAAGUACGUCGUCGAUUUGGACACGGAGAAUCUCAACGUGGGCAUUUUCUCCGGGCAAGUCCAGCUCACCGAUUUAAAACUAAAACCCGAAGCUUUGUACGAACUCAACCUUCCUAUAGAAGUUCGAGCCGGCACUAUCGGUAAAAUCUGGCUGAAAAUCCCUUGGGCCGCCCUGUACAACCAGCCCAUCACCAUCAACAUAGAAGACAUCCACGUAGUAGCCGUGCCGAUCGUCAGAAACUCCAAGUACGACCCGGAGAGGAACAAGAAACUCGUCAGGGCCGCCAAGAAGAAAAUCCUAGCGGAUCUGAAGGACGGAGACAUCCUAGGCGGGCCCGCUUCGUUCUCAGAACGCCUCAUCAGCAACGUCCUGAGCUUCUUCCAAUUGAACAUCACCAACGUCCACAUCAGAUACGAGGACGAUCGCAGUUUGACCGGCCCCAUCGCCGCAGGACUCUGCGUGGGCUCCAUCACAGCCGAAUCUACCAACAGCAAAUGGAGGCCUAUGAAAUACGAUCGAAACGCGGAAACCUGUUACUACAUAUUGAAAUUGGAAGCUUUUUCUGUUUAUUGGAAUGAUAAAGCCACUUUGAAAACAUGGGAUCUGCCGAGCGAGUAUUACCAAUGGAGGAAUACUAUGGCGGCAAGUCUUCAAAAUUACUCCAUAAACGAUCAAGAUUUUAAUUUUGUGGUCAAUCCGAUGUCGUCGAAAAUCAAAAUGGUGCUAGAAAAAUCGCACAACAGCGACCGAGUCUCCAAAAUCCACACGGAAGUGGUCAUGCAGGACUGCAACGUGCAGCUGUCCAAGAACCAGUACGACUCCGUGCUGGCCACCGUCGAUUCCAUGGAGAGGAUGCUGAUCAGCUGGCAGUACCUCCAGCACCGGCCGGCCCAGAAGAUCGCCGAGAACCAGAAAAUCUGGUGGCGCUACGCCAGCUACGCCUCGCUGGAGCAGCGCGUCAAGCCGUACACCUGGAGCAGGAUCAGGAGGGUGAGGCAGCACUACAAGGAGUACCUGGAGACCUACAAGCAGAUCCUGCUGAAUCCCAACGAUACCGAACUGAAGCUGGAUUUGCAGAAGUUCGAGGAUAAUUUGUCGAUUUUGAAUAUCGUUUUGGCCAGGCAACAAGCGCGAUUGACUGUAAAAGAGCGGAGCAUCAGCGAAAAGAGCUUCUGGUCGAUGUUACCAUCGCCUGAAAGGACCCUCUUGUGCGAUAAAAUCGGUUAUUCCGAUAACAAAGAAGGAGAGCACACGUGCAAUUUCCGCUUGGGGAUUCUGAGCGUGACUCUAACGAGCGAUAGCCGGGAAAUAUUCGUGCUGACGAUGACCCAAACUGUGCUGAAUUUGAAGCCGAAUUUCGGCGACGGGACCUACAGGGCGUCGUUGAAAAUCGAGGGUUUGAUAGUGGAAGGGGCGACCAACGAGGAUCACUUGAUACCCAUCGUGUCGUCGGAGCAUUUGAGCGACAGUCCGGCUUAUUUCCUCAAAAUCGACUUGGAGAAACUCUCCGCGAUCGGCGCGUGCAAGUUCAAAUUGAACGUGGUUAUGGAUUCGGUCGAGUGCAUUUAUAAUAAACCGUCUAUCGAGGAACUGGAGACUUUUCUGACGACUGAAAAAAAUCCUGCAGUCAGCUUAUUUAACAAUAUGCUCGACAAACCAGGGAAAAUUACUAAGCUGAUUAAAGAGAAGUUAUUGGAAGGGUGGGAAAUUAAUGCGAAUGUUAAAAUACCCUAUAUAGUUAUUCCCGAAGUUAGUUCUUAUUUAAAAGCCGAGUACUUGCUAGUCCUGGACUUCGGAAGAUACUCCUUACGCACUGAAUUGUGCCCAAACAGGCAUGCGGCCGACAAUGCCACGCAGAUGGAACUGGAGGAACAAUCGUAUACGAAGCUGAACGUGAAAUGCACGGAUUUCCAAAUAUUGUUCUGCGACAACAGCGACAACUGGAAGGACGCGAGACGGGAGAAUUGCAGCGAGAUGCACGUCGUUCCCAAAACUUGCUUCACGUCGAUUUGCGCCAUCUCCGCCGUCGAUUUGAAAUCCAUACCAAGUUACAAAUUCAACAUCGCCUUCCAAAGCCUGAAAUUAAACAUAUCUGAGAGAAAAACGCUGCUGCUGUUGAAGUACUUCAACAUAGACCAAAUAAAAAUCAACAUAACUCGGGACAACAAGGGAGCCAAGGCGUUCGUGAAGGAUAAAAUUACAGGGUGUAUUAGUAGUAAGCGACUGAGGAUAAUCCAAAAUAAAAUUAGAAUUCUAAGUUCUUAUACGAAAUACAGGAGAUAUAAAGUUGACGAUUACAGAACUGAGAUAAUACAGAGAAAUAAAAGCAUAUCGAGACAUUGCUAUGGGGAUAUGAAUGAAGCUUGGGCAAGAUGCGUCGAUUUACCUGGACUAGAAGACAAUGUAUCACCUAAUAAUAACGUGAAUGUACUGUAUGGGUUCUUUAUUAAUGAGUUUUCCAUAACAUUCUCCCGGUCCAGCGACAGCACCGACAGGCAGUACCUGUUGCUGAGAUUGAGCGUUCUAACAAUGGACGUGGCUUUGAUGACUUACGGGCCGGCGUACCAGCUCAGCCUAAACUCCAUUCUAUUAACAGAUAAAUUGCACGUCGCUCCCAACGGGCAGUACUUGGACUUGGCGUUUAGCCCUGUUGGUAACAACCAGAACGUGCUGACGGUGUUGUUCAGAAAAGUGGGAGCUAGUUGUCCGGAUUUCUGGUCGCAUUUCCACGGCGUCGAGACGUCUUUGGUGGCGAAUUUGGGUACGGUGAAUUUGGUACUACACCAGGAAGCCGUCCGGACUAUCUUACAAUAUUCUAAAUACAUCAGCAAUAAAAUAAAAUCUCAAACGUCGCCGUUUUUGAAGAACGUGCUGCUGAAGACGGUCGAUAAGAUCCGAAACGUUCUGCACGGGAAAACCGAAACUCCGGUGCCUCCUGGUUCUAUAAAAUUCUCGCACUCUGCGCGACUGGGCGAUUUGGUGGUGACCGUUUGCGAUUCAGAUUUCGAUAUAGUUAAAAUGGAAUUGUCAGGGUUAGAGGUGGAUUUUCUUUUCAGGACGAACGAGAGGUUUAUUUUCAGAUCGUUUCUGAGCAAUGUUACCGUAGAACAUUUGUCUGAUGGUACCCUGCAUUCGAAGGUCCUGUAUACUGAUGAAGAUAAAGUGUUCGACGUGAAGUACGUGAGAAAUUCGACGAAUUUAAAUUAUAACAACGACAUUUCGCCUAACACUGAUGAAACGUUCAUCGACGGGAGCUUCAAAUUUCAACUGGGUAGAAUUCAUUGCACGUUUUUGUAUAAAUUAAUCGUCCAAUUGCAACGAUUCUUCGCGAAUUUGGAAAUUCUCCCGUUGAUCGAGAAGGUCGUAGUAAAAUUCAACAACGCCCUCGUCGACGUUACCAAAACGCUAAAGAACAACACCAGAAUUAAUUUUUCCAUCAACGUCAGCGGCCCGGUUAUUUUAUUCCCGCAGAAAUCUUCAUCUCCAAAUGUUUUAGUAAUAGAUACAGGCCAACUUAAGGUUGAGAAUUUCUUCAAAGAUUACCACCAAGAAGUCACCGAAAAUAUACUGGUCAAAUUAAACGAUGCCACAGCUUCGAGGGGAGUCAUGACUUUGACUGCUAUGUUGGAGAUGCAGGAAACUUUAAUUGAACCGUUGAGUUUAAAUAUGGACAUCAAGAGAUUCACGAACAUGAAAUCAUCUCAAACUACAUGGGAUAUUGAUAGCAUCAUCGACGGUAUUCAAAUAACUUUGGGCCAACGCGAUUUAAUCGUCAUAAUGUCGAUUUACACCGAUAACAUCGGAGAAGGGAAACUUUUGGACAUUUUCCCGGCACAAAUUAAAUCUCCUACAGACUAUUUAUGUACCGAUGAAACGGUGCGGAAUUUGGAAGCCUUCUUCUGCGAGCCGAAGCAGAAAAUCGUCGUGGCCAAAUGCACCGUGGAAGAGAUCAAAGUGACGCUGUUUUUCGACUCGGGCGAAUUGCUGAGCUCGCCUGUGAGGGACCUAAAUCACGGCCUGUGCAAGCUGGAGAUCAACGACAUCGACGUCUCCGUGCUGAUCUACAACGACAAGAGCCUGGAUGGGAAGUUGUCGGUGGACGCGAUGCGUAUCGAGGAAAUCGGACCUGAAGCGCACGCUUUGGAUAAAAUCAUAUUACAAUCGCCUGCGGACGACGCCAAAAACAACAACUGCCAAGUAGUAACAGUGAACAAACCGCCAAUCGUCGACAUCAACUUCCAUUGCAACAAAACUGGAGAUAAAUCGGUCGAUGUGAUCAUUGGCAAACUGUGCUUGAAUUUGUCGGUACCAUUCUCCGAGAAAUUGGCUCUGUUUAUUAUCGAAUGCCACCCGAAGGACGCCGUCGACGACGGUAUAGUAAAUCCCUGUUACGAAGCGGAGACGUUCCACACGGUUUCGGAAAGACCGUCGCCCACGAGCCUCACUUUAUCAGUAAGAGUGAACAAACCCGAGAUCGUUUUCCUGGUGGAAACCGCUUCGAACAAGAAGAGAUACUUCGUAACGAAAAGCGAAAUUCUGGUGGAUUAUUCGAGACACGCCAACAGAUUAAACAUCAUAAUGUCUUUAUCGGGCUUGCACAGUUUGUUUUACGAUUUGAACGAAUACUCCGAGGAGCCGUACGUCAUCCUCCGCCAGUGCGACGUGGAAUUGUGCAAAUCAUUCUCCUCAGAAGUAGGAGAGAAGAUCACCCUAGCCGUAUCCUCGAUCUAUCUAAACCUCUGCAGCGAAGUAGUGCACUCCUUCAACGACGUUCUCAACGACGUGGUGGAGCAUUUCCGCGUACCGGACGUCCCCCACGUCCCCAACACGGUCACCACCGAGAUAGAAAACCUCUGGGAACCCAAGAAACUCCCCGAUUCCGCUCAAUCCCGCUCGAACUUCGACGACGCCAGAACCGAUGAGGCCGUCUUCGUGCACGAAAUCCUGCUCGUGCCCAAGUUCGACGUGGUCGUCGUCUUCGAGCUGGAGCGCAUCAAGGUCUUCCUCGUCAAGUCCACCGUCGAGCUGACCCUCUACGACUGGUCGUCGAUGUUGAACUGCACGUGCGAGCUCACCCUGCAGGCGAACUACUUCAACGAGAGCGUGCAGAGCUGGGAGCCCUUCGUGGAGCCCGUCGUCGUCGACGAGAGGGAGUACAAGCCCUGGGAAGUGGUGGUGAAGGUGUUCCGGGACGGAGCGGCGCCGGCGCUCGACGGCGCCGGUCGCAAGAUAGACGCCGACGCGGCCAAAAAGAGAGGUAAAAACGCUUCUGUUACCACCACAGAGGAUGAGGAUUCCGGGGAGGAUAUGAUGUACCUGGAGCCCUCGAAUCAUUCGUACAAUGGAAAUGAUAGAAGGGUGAAAACCAGUUUGUCGACUUUUCUGGACGAUUCGGACUCGGAAAAUGAAGACGGUGCUAUGGAAAGACUAGCGGCGGCUAUUUCAGAUUUAUUCACAGGCGAUUGGAACGAGUACGAGGAGAGCGACUGCGACCGCUCCAGCGACGAAGAAGACGACCUCGACGAGUUGCAGAAGCCGAAGCAGCGCAGCGACGUCGCCUGCGACAAGGCCUACUACGUCCUGCUCGACGCCAAGGAGACGUUCAACGUGACGGUGACGCCGACGCUGAUCCACGUCUUGAACGAGCUGGUCGCGCAGUAUUCGAGCAAGAUCAUAUCGGUGACGAGCGAUCGCAAGUCGAUAGCCGUCUCGAACGACGUCGGGCCGCGAUCGGCCGUCGAAUUGUACGAGAAAAUCAGCGGCGAGGAGAACAAAUUGCUGUGCAUCAAGAAAUUCGAAAACGACGAUUCCGCUCCGGGUAGCCCGUGCAAAUAUAAUUCAUACGUGCCGGAAUAUUCGGACGGAAACUACGAUGAUAAAGAUAGCUUUACCGAUGAGAAUAGAGAAUUCGAUUCGGCCUACGAUUUCGAAUCGCUCGCAAGUCUGCAGUUUCCCGACGAAACGACGCCGCAGCUGUACGAGAGGAUCAACAAGAAUUUCAUGAAGAUUAUCGUCCCGAAUUUCCAGACGGUUCAAACAAACUGUUCGAAGAAAAACUGGGAGAAAUUGAUACGGCUUAAUUCGGUAGAUUCCAAUCAGGUCUAUCACUUGGCGGCCAAGCACGUCAUCGGGAAAUUCGGGCGGAAAAUCGUCGUCAGCUCUCCCUUACAAAUAAAGAAUGAGACUUGCUACGCCUUGAGCCUGCUUUAUCAACCCUCCAUAUUGCAACAACUGAAUCAAGAACCACUGGGCGAUAUAACGAAUCCUUUCGAAACGACCAUGCGCAUUACCGUCGUGGAACCUCAAGAAGAAUACAACGUGCCCCUUCAUAUAGCAUAUCACUGCAAACUGUUCAUACAACCGGCGCAAGAAGAAGGUCGUUACGUUUCCGAUUCGGGCAUAUGGUGGAAAGACAUGGCGACUGAAAUGGACAGCACCCACCUGGUUGUAUGCACCCCGAAACCCGACACAGACGCGGAGAUUUUCUGCAUGCUGGCCAUGCUGAAGCGCAACGUCGAGGGCGGAAACAUCCACCACCUCAACACCCCCAAUUACGUUGUACGUCUCCUGCCGCCGUUGGUAAUAUCCAAUUUCCUGCCGCACUGCUUGGAGGUGUCCAGCGCUUCGCUGAAGCGGGCUAUCAAAAUAGAGCCGGGCGAGAAGUGCGAUGUAUACUCGCUGGAUUCGACGGAGGACCAGAAACUGACGAUUAAAUUGAGGGAGGAUUCGUCCACGUGGACGGGCUGCUUGAAUUUCACGCGGCAUUUGGACGAGAAGAUCAUUUCGCUCAGCGCCGAUAGCAAGGAGGUCGGAAAUUUGGCUGUUAACGUGAAAAUCGACAGGGAGACUGGUUGUAAUUUGUUCUUCUACGCUCCGUAUUGGAUCGUCAACAAAACCGGCCUACCCUUACAGAUUAAGGCUUCAGUCUCCAACACGUUGUACAAUUGCCUCAGCGAGGAUAUACUGCUCUUCACGUACAAACGACACGGAAAACAAACCCUAAAUGUAAAGGUGUACGAUUCCAAUUGGUCUAACGAGUUUGGUUUGGAAUGCGUGGGUACAACUGGACUAAUAGUAUGCAAAGAUGUGGAAAGAAAAAAGAAGUACAUGUUCUUUUUGAACUCCAGAUUGUCCACCGUAUGUCCUAGAUUGACCAAAAUAGUGACCAUUUUACCUGGGUUUUUGAUCACCAACAACACCGACAAGGCUUUAAGGUUUAUGGAGAAGAACGAAAAAACCGAUUUAUGGAUCGAUUUGCAACCGUUCCAAACUGUAAUAUUUUGGCCUGAAACUUCCUCCAUGGAAAUGUACGUCAAGCGCAGAGAUGGCAAAGCAGCGUCGCAUUCAUUCUUUAUUUCCACCCACCACAGAACAGUAUUAAGAGUGGACAAAGGGAGCGCCAUUACAGUGGAACUAACAGGCGGCGUCAACGACUCCUUCAAGAUCACCUUUAACGAGUACAAACCGGGCGACGCGCCCGUUUUGAUCAAAAACUACUGCUCGGAUCUGUUCCUGAAGAUCCAACAGCGAGACCUCAGCCCCGUCACGCUGCUCAAUCCGAACCAUUCUCUAUUAUACACCUGGGACGAUCCAACAGCGCCUCGCCAACUCGUUUGGAACGUUUACAACAACAAAGGCGCCGGAUUCUCCAUAGACAUCACCAAAGAUGGAUAUGGCGAACAAAAAAUCCGACUCCAUAGCGUAGAGGCUUCUUACGCCUCAUCGAGCAGCGACGACGACGAUUCAGACAGCUCGGAAGCAUCUCCACGGUCUCUAGCCAACAAAACGCGCAAGCACAAGCUCCUGAUCUACUGGUCGUGUUAUCGCGAAGGGCUCCAACGCACCAUCUUGUUCACCCAACACUCCACCACCCACAACUCGGCCAUCGGCCAGUUCGUGGAGAAGUGCCACCUGGAGGGUUUGUUCGCCCUCUCGGGCGUGGGUUUGUCGAUCUUCACGUCCGAAAGCGACGCCAAAGAGCACGUCUACGCCGCCGUCAGCGACACGCCGGCCGUCUGGGAGGUGAACGUCGGCAGGAAGUGGAAGACCCUCACGCUGGAGCUCGCCUCCUGGGUGGAGGACAAGUACCGGCUGCACUACAAGAAGUGCCAGCUGAAGGACUACAUCCACAUCGACUUCGAGAAGAUGUACAUGCUGAAGCCGUUCUUCGCCGAGCUGCGGAGGAGCUACAAUCCCGCGGUUUAUUUCCAGUUCAGGAGGUCCGCGCAUCACGCGUACUACGACUUGAGGUUCCAGUACGUGCAAAUCGACAAUAAGCAGAGCAACAACGUGAUUUUCUACCCGUUGUACUCGAGGGGGCUGAAGGAGAACGGGCCGUUCCUGGAGGUGGCCGUGGCGAAGACGCGCUCGCUGGACGUCGAUUUUUACAGGUACGUGAAGUUCGACGUGAAGAAUUUCUUCUUGCACGUGGAGGACGACGUGGUUUUGAAGAUGGCGGAUCUGGCGCGGAAGAGCAAACGGUUCAAGGAGGAAGUGCUGGGGGUGUACGUUAGGGAAGUUAAAAGUAUACAUAAGUCGAUUACAGCAAGAAAUAACGAAACCAUUCGAUGCGCUAAAUCUCCUAUAGAGCACUUAUCAUCUACGAGUUUUGGAAUACAAUUGAAUAUUUCCAAUCGAACUCCGAUGAGUUUCACCGCAGACGGUCGACCUUUCUGUAAACUUUUGGACUAUUUGUUUCCUUAUAAUAUGUCGCCAUAUAUGCCAAUGGAAGGUGUCCAUCACAAAAUCUCGCCCGUCCUGCACGUCGACCUAAACACCACCCUUCCGAACGCAAUGCGCAAUCUAUUCGACCAAAUUUGCACGCAAUUCCUUCAGCAAUACUACUCGCACGUGCUGGGCCUGCAAGUGCUGGUGAACUCGUUCGCCAUUCAACCGACUAUCGAGAUCGACGGGGCGGAGCGGGAUAAAACAGCCGAUGUCCUGCUGUACGCGUCGCGGUGCCUCCUCGGCCACGUGGACAUGUCCCCGGCGGCCGUGGAGGCGUGCGUGGUGGACAUCUUCGCCAACCAGAACAUCGAGAACAUCCAGAGGAUUCGGCGGCACGGGUCCUACCACAAGUCGGAGAUCGUGCCCAAGACGGUGACGAUAUCCAGCAGGAACUUCGUCACCGGCGUGCCGAACGCCUUGGGCCAGUUGAUUGUGACCAACCAAAACGCAGGUCUAAACUGCGACGGGGAGAUGUUCUUCAGGACCACGGGGAAGGCUUUACAGUCGCUGAUUACGCGCCAUCCUGACGACAAGUCCGACAGCGUGGAGGUGGCCAAAGAGGCGUUGAGAAGAGCCUCUAUUUUGGGAGAGCCGAUUAGAAUGCAUCUGAGGUUGACCAGAUACAAAAACAAGCAUUUGGGCCUUCGACCAUUGUCUGUGCACGAUUCGAUAGGUCAAUACCUAAUGGAAACCAUAGGGAAUUCGAGAUACGCCAACGAUACUUAUUGGACUCACGCAGCAUUGGACAAAAUCGGGAAAUCCAUAAUCAUAGUUACUUUAGAGCAUAUAAUCAGGGUGAACAAGUGCCGUUUGUGGGGCCCAUGGGAAAUAGAAUGGGCGGUCGAGUUGGAUGAUAUUAUUGCCAUUCCCAAGAUACAUGGUACAGAUUUAGUACUAAAUUUGAGACAGAAUGAGUCGACAACCGGAAAGCUCCAGCAAAUUAAAAUCGACGGACAGAAGGAGAUGUUGGUUUGGUUAGAUGAGAAAAUCGAACAGGCGAUUUUCCUAAGCAUGGAGGAAAAAUCGUGGGUAUCGAUCGACAACUAAUAAAGAAAUGGUAAUUUUAUAAACAAAAUAAAUAAAGAUGUUUUAUUGUUCAUAAAUGUUUAACUACAUACAAAUGGAUUUGUUGUAUCAAAAUAAAUUUUAUUGGAGUCUAUUCAGUGAAAAUGUUGUGUGUUUUUAUUUUAGAAGAACCAACCUUUUUGAACAAAAAAUUGGAGAUUAAACAAAUAAAUAUCUAUUAUUAAAAAAAUUAUAAUUACUUUAACAAUUCUAUUCAUUAGUUUUUUUCACUUUUACUUUUCUUUUUCCUCCUUUUUCUUUUUGGUUGAACUUCCUCCUCUUCAUCUUCCUCUUCUAUCGAUACUACAUCAUCAACAGCAGGUUCCUGUUCCUCUUCAGGCUCCUCUUCCUCUUCAAGUUCCUCUUCCUCUUCAGCCCCUUCUUCCUCUUCGGGCUCUUCUUCCUUUUCAAGUUCCUCUUUUUUUAGAUUAACUGGCGGAAGAAUAACUAACGAAGUAAGCCGACAAUCAGAGUUUGUUUUGCAAAGUUCCUGCAAAUCUUUAUCAUAAACCUUUAUUUCUCCACCGCUAGACCCCGAGAUUAUCCAUUCAUCGUAACUCACAAGCGCUUUUAUCCUAUCUUUGUGGGCUUUGUAGACUUUCUUCUUUAACGACGACAAUGUCAGUAAGCACAAGUUCCCAUCUUCGUAACCCACCAACAGUUUUUUAUCAUUAUACCAAAUGCAGCUGCUCACUUUUACAUCGUGUUCGAUAACUUGAACCACCCCUCCCGAUUCGAUGCUCCAUAUUUCCGUGUAUUUACCACCGAAUAAAAGAAACCUCACCCCGUCCGCAGCCCACGAAAUCUUACACAAACUCUUGGCAUCCUUGCUUUUGCUUCUCAAGUUUAUAGCGUACGCUUGCCUGCCUUUCACCAAAUUCCACGUGCGAAGUACACAGUCCUCCCCCAAACUCAAAGCGAGCUUGCUCGACUGGUGCACAGCCACGUCUAAUAUCGCAGCGCCCUUGUGGGCCUUGCCCCACAUCUUCUCCACCUGCCAAUUGCCCACUCGAGUAACGGAGAGCACUCCGUUUUGGCUGCCCGAGACCAGGUGAGAGUGGUUCGGGGUGAAUUCCAGGCAAGUCACAGUCGAGUCGUGAUGGGAGAGCAUGAAGUGCUCCUUGCGGUGCUUGAAGUCGUAGAGGAUGAUGCGGUCGUCCGCUGCACCGGAGGCCACGAAAUGGGCUGAUGCAGCGACACAUCGAACGCUCGCUGUGUGGUCGUGCGAAGCGAAACUCUGAACGAGACGUUUGCCCUGUACGAAAAUAAUUUAGUAGUAAUUUA